AUUACAAGGAGCCUAAAGAACAGAUAAACAGAGUUGAAUGUAUUUAUUUUGUGGAUGAGCAUUUAUGGGUUGACAUGAUAUAAUCAGGACUAGUGGUAUGCAUAGUAGAAAGGGGGUCCCAAAGCAAAUAUCAUAAUGGGCUUCCUGUUAUAACAUCUAAUUAAAGUGAAUCAAUGCCUUUUACUGUAAGAGCUAGGAAGUUGAUAAAUAGAAUAAAGAACUAGUUCUAACAGAAACAGAUGAUCAUUUCAAGAGAAGCUUACAGGUUUUCUUGAGAAAAGUCUUUAGUCUGCUUUCUAGUACUGUGCCAUUGUUCUUGCGAAAUCAAACAGGCAUGUUGAGUUAUUCUGAUGACACAUUAUUGAUUCAAAUAUAGUCAGUCCUGUGUUUUGCUGGUGUCCAGAUACUAUUCUCAUAGUUCUGUUUCAUAUGGUGUGAAUUCUCUGCUGUUGCUGACGCUGAGACACUGGUCACACAGAGUUGUAUCAUAUUGUUGUAUCUCUUUUUUGCUAACAUAGUGCCAUGCAGCGCUGCUCAGGCUGUGCUGUUACAGUAUUGUUUUCUGUCGUUCUUUUCAUCCGAACCAAAGACUAUGCACACAUAUUGUGUCUUUGUUAUGACAAUGUGCUGCUAAGCGGCUGUGCUCAUUUACUUCUGUUUGUAAGUUGUUGAAGAGUACAUAUUGAGUAAAUGUAAUAUGCUGUGAUAGUUUUCCUUAGUUUUCCAUAUGUAUUUAUUGUAGCUGUCCUAUUUAUUUCUUUACUGCAAGAAGAUAUGUGGCUGUGAGGAAGUGUUGGUCUCACAGAGAAGUAUAAAAAGAGGUUCCUUGGAGAGAAAGAGUUAUACUGUUGACAGAGAGUGUGUGAAAAAGAGAAAUUCCAAUAUGACCACAGUCCAGGCCCCUUUGUAUAAAAAGUGUAGCCCUGGAAAGAAUAAAAAAAUUGAAAAAUGUUUAACAUAGUAAGAAAUUCUUCUAAAAACAAGACUUGCUAAACUUUCAGGGAUGCGUCCGAUUGCCCUGGUGAAUAAAACAGUGAUUCCCAAGCUUCAGCUUCCUUGCAGAAGGCAUGACAUUUUUUUUCCUAGAAUUCUCUGAUACUUUAUUGAAUCCAUCUUGCUCCCCACAUACUGCAGCCUUCUCUGCAGAGAGCAAAGCUGAUUUAUAACAUUACUGAGCCAACGCCAUGUUUCAUUGUAAGCAGGUUGUUUUCAGUGAAUACUUCAUUCUUUCGUCUUCAAACAUACUGCUUAUCCAUAGGCCCAAAAAGUUCCCGUUUAGUUUUUUUGGCACCACAAAACUUGGAUUAUUUAUAUAGUUUUAAUAAUAUUGAACAUGACUUUCUUUUGCCUUUGUGUAAAUAUAGUUAUAUACCUUGAUGCUCAGACAUGAAGAGUAUUGUGCAAAUAGAAACCUCAGUAUCUACUGUUGCCAAAUCUCACUGAAGGCCCUUUCAGUAUUAAGGGUGCUAGGAGUUGAACCUCCACCAAUUUUAAAUUUGGAGGUUUUUAUAACCCCUUUAAGGUUCCUUAAUUUGCAUUAGGGUAUUGUUUAGUAAAUGCCUUCUAAAUACACCAAAAAGAUACAACAACAAAAAAAAAUAAACCUUAAAACAUUUACUUGUACAAUUUAAAGUACCUUUCACUAAUGAGUUAAACUGUGGGUAAUCUGUAUUUCUAAGAAAAGAAAAAAAGGACAUGCUUAUGUCAAGUACUGUUGCAACGAUGUUAACACUGUAAAGUAGUUUCUGGUUUCAUUACCUUUAUGAUAUUAUACAGAGAGAUCUUAAAACUAAAAAGAGGAGAAAGUGAAAUAAAUGUUUCUAAGGUGUUCAUAUUUCAUCAUCAUUGAGUGCUUCACCUUCAUCACAGUGAUAAGUUCUUUAUUCUAAUUCCAUUUUAUUUUAGUAUUCCUAAAAAAGCUCAGGGUUAAGACAAAGACAGUUGUUGUACAUUUUAGGUUCUUCAGAUGACUGAAUAAUAUCUACAGAUUUCCGUAAGGGCUGUAUACAGUUUACAAGAGGCCGAUUCAGACUGAACUCAUGGAGAUCAAGAUGUUGUAGGGUUUUGUGUCAAGAUUGGUGGCUGAUAUGCAAUAGCAUUAGCAAUAGAAGUAUCAUACAAUCUAAGGCUUGGUUCAUACUGGGUUAUCACUUUCCAUCACAGAUAUCCAUCGCCAUACUACUGAGAAAGGGAGGCCAAUAUAUGUUGGCAGAGAGCAGUGGGUGCCAUUCAUCUCAGUCAAUGGAGUCACCUCGUAACACUGUUUUGGCUGUUUUCCACUGGUAUUUUCUCAAUUCCAUAGUCCGCUGCACUAUUGAGUCCUUUUAAAUUAGGCUGUAUGUCCGAACUGAGUCACAGUAUACAUUUGCAUCCCAUUCUUCGAUAUGCCGACAGAUACCUGAUAUGGAAAGUGAAGAUGCAGAUGUUUAGAGUAAUAAUGGUGCUGACCACUGACAAUUCAAUCUUUUAUUGUUGCUACACUUGUAAAUCUGGACCUUACAGCUAGUCAGUUGAUUUCAAUGGGAACAAUAUAAUACCUGCUGUAGGAGAAUUGAACUUGUACAACCAGUUUGCCAAAUAUAUUUGGGUUCCAGUAGCAGGACACUCAGAGGUAGCUUUAUUUUCAGGAGAUCCUUCUAUGGCAAAAUAACUUCCAAAAGAGGAAAAUACUUUUAAAAUUUGUAUAUAGAUUUAUUUUCCUUAUUUAUUUUUAGCUAAAGAAAAUCAUUUUGGAUAUUCAUAGGUUCCUUCUUGCUUUAUUUCCUUUUAUUUUUCACCACUGUUUCAGAACACAUUACUCAGAUGCAAUGCUGAAUAUGGCUUGAAUAUACUUUUCCAUUUUAUUUUGGAGGCUAUAAAUAAAUGCCAUCAUAGAGUAAUUUCUACAAGUCAUAAAUUACAAAUUUAAUAUAGCAGUGUUAUUGCCAUAUUAGAUUUUGGGCAUAACAGACUUGUUUCAGAGGAAUUGUUUCUAACAUUUGAUUGUUUAACAUUUAUCAAAAUAAAGUUUCUCAAUAUUUUGAGUAGUGAUCCUGAUUUGAAUGAUUAUUUCUUUUUUUUUUUUUUAUCUGUAAGACAAUAACUUCUAAAUAUUUAAAGCAAACUAUGCAUUUCACUGGUGUUUUAAAAUUAUGCUUUGUUUAAAGUCUAAUUUCUUGGCUUUCCUUGUCAUUCAGUUGUCGUUUCCAUGCACAGUGACCCGAGGAAACACAUAUUUCUACAGCUGUGACAGGUUCUUUCCUUUGCAUUUGACAGAAAGCCGUGGGAUAUUAGACAGCAUACAAAGGUUUUCUUUGCUUCCGACUUAUCUACCAGUGAGCUACACUAUCCAUCAGACCGAGCUUUCCUUCUUCCUUAAAGAAGCAAACCAGGACAUUAUGAGGAAUUCUAGUCUGCAGUCUCGAGUUGAAUCAUUUCUCAUUUAUAAGGCCAAGAAACAACCGGUGAUGAAUGCCACCUAUGGACCAUUUGUUAUUGAACAAGAAGUGCCACAGGAUUUACUGUUAAUUUCUAGCCAUUUUGGAUCUACAGAUAAAUUUACAUUUAACUGGAAGAUUAAAGCGUUUAUUCUAAAGGAUAAAAUUUAUCGCUCUAAGCCUAAAGUUCAAGUUUUAUUUUAUAUUGUGGGUAGAGACUGGGACGAUUAUAGCACUACAGAAAGACUUCCUUGUGUCAAAGUAUUUGCCUUCCGGGAGACAAGAGAAGUUAAGGCAUUAUGCAAGUUAACAGGUGACCUGGGAUUGUGUGUUGCUGAGCUUGAGCUCCUUUCUAGCUGGUUUGAUCCACCAACAGUGGUGGCAGGACACAAAAGGAUGUUGGAGCAACCGGAUGGUAGUCCAGUGGAAUUGUAUUAUUCUAUUCUGCAAACUAAUGAAAAAGACAAUUGUGCGGAGGAGGACACAAGGAAAAGCCAGACAUCUCGUAAUUAUUUUGAUGAUUCUGGCCCUCCGCUGCAGAGAAUUGGAAGUGUCUACCUAUACCAAGCCCCCAGUAGGAACUCAUCCAUUGAAGUUGUGAUUGAUGGAAAGAUAGCUAUACGUUCCAUCUCUCGGAGUGUAAGGACAGGGGAUAUUCUAUCAUUUUUUGUGUUUCUUCCUAAAAAUUUUACGCAGGCUAAAUUCAAGCUAAGAGCAAAAGUCACAGAAGGUGUUAACUUAUUCGGCAUGAGGGGCAGCUCACGUUUAUGGGAUGUAAAGGAGAACAUGGAUUUUCCAGGCAAAUUAUCACCCGUUGUCAUCGAGUGCCAGAGGAAAUAUUCAAUUUCUGAAACAAGUAUUGUAGAAAACUACUAUGAACUUUUCCAGAUAGACUUCAAAAUGGGCAGUGCAACUGACCCAUCGGGUAUACAGAUAAUCACCUGGCAAGUUGAAUACCUUGGACAAGCUGUAUCAGACCUUGGGGUCUCCAAAAUAUAUGUCAGUGAAAAGGAUAUAGUGGCUCUAAUACCACUGGCAAUGGAAGCUGAAAUUCUCAACACAGCAAUCCUCACGGGGAAAACAGUAGCCGUUCCUGUUAAGACUGUUGCUAUUGACAGCAGUGGCUCAGUGACCGAUGUAUCUGAACUUGUGGAUUGCAAAUCAUCAGAUGAAGAUGUUCUUAAGGUUUCAGACCGCUGUGACUAUGUCUUUGUAAAUGGAAAGGAAAUGAAAGGAAAGGUUAAUGCCAAUGUGAAUUUCUCCUAUCAACAUUUCAAGUUUUCACUAGAAAUGACAGUGUGGGUCCCUCGGCUUCCUCUGCUGAUAGAUGUGUCUGACACUGAAUUAAAUCAGAUCAAAGGUUGGAGGGUUCCCAUAAUGGCAAAUAAGAGACCGGCUAGGGACAGUGAAGAUGAGGAUGAUGAAGAUAAAAAGGGAAAGGGCUGUACUCUCCAAUAUCAACGCGCCAUACUACGGGUUCUUACACAGUUUAUAGCCGAAUCGUCUAAAACUCCUAGCCAACUCACAUAUCUGCUUGGAUCUGACUGGCAGGUGGACAUCACCGAUUUAAUAAGCGAAUUUAUCAAAAUGGAUGAGUCCAAAGUUGUAAGUCUCAAUGGACAGAUUCUGAUUGGGCAAGAAGUUGGUAUGACAACUUUACAGAUACUUUCUCCACUCUCUGAUGCCAUCCUGGCAGAGAAGACUGUGAUGGUAGUAGAUGAAAAGGUAACAGUCACAGACCUCGGAAUACAGGUGGUGACAGGCCUGUCGCUUUCUCUUCAGCUUAGCCCUGGAAGUAACAGGGCAAUAUAUGCAACCACAAUAGCACAAGAACAUUUUAGUUCUCCAAGACAGGAAGUAGAGAUCAGUUGUUGGGUCCAGUUUAGUGAUGGUACUGUAACACCUCUGGAUAUCUAUGACUCCAAAGACUUUUCACUGAGUGUGACAUCUUUGGACGAGAAGGUUUUUUCAGUGUCUCAAGAUUCUAAGUCCAAAUGGCCAAUUUUUUCAGCCAUCGCAGAAGGACAGGGAGCUCUGGUAAAAGUAGAACUCAUGAUAAGUGAUUUAUGUCAGAAGUCUAAACGCAAAAGUGUUCUUACAGUUGGCAUAGGGCACAUAAGAGUUACGUUUGGUCAUAAUAAUGGAAGUAACAGUAGAAACGUAAACUACAGGGAUCAUUUUGAAAACCGUCCCACUGGUAGAAGACAGAAAAUUCCCUUUGAACGAGCAAGACCUGAUAUUACCUACUUUGGUACACCAUCCAUGGAGAGAGAUAUCCAGAACAUGAACAGGGCUACCACUGACCAAGCUCAGUUAAGUAAUAAGAGGGAGGGAGGAGGUCUAUUAGAUGAUGAUGGUCAUCUUCCAAAUAUCCCCAUGGAUUUUACUAGUUUUCCUGCACAGGUCGAUCUACCUGGUAACAACGGUGAUAUGGAAGAAAAUGAUCUUGUCCAAAAUGCAAGAGGAUUAAGUGACUUGGAAAUCGGAAUGUAUGCUCUGUUAGGAGUCUUUUGUCUGGCCAUACUUGUCUUUCUAAUAAAUUGUGUGACAUUUGCACUGAAAUAUAGACACAAACAGGUCCCUGUGGACGAACAAGAGACCAUGACCCAUUCACAUGACUGGGUUGGACUUACAAAUCAAACAGAACUAUUGGAAAAUAGCAUAAACUUCCCUUUGCAGCAAGAAGAAUGUAUUACAGCUGUAGAUAGGGGAGUAACUAUUGCGGAAGGUAAAUAUCUCCUCACUUCAAAUCCUAGUAAAACUGUAAAUGGACAGACAUACAGGUCUGCAGAGACUUCCUUCAAUGAAGAGAAAGAACAGAAGGGUGAGCCUGCCACAUCUCCUACCUCCAAAAGGAAACGUGUAAAAUUUACUACUUUUACCACCACUCCUUCUGAGGAUGGUUGUCCCAAUAUUAAACCUCUUUUGGUGAGCAAUGAAGAUGAUAUAAAGUGGGUUUGCCAAGACAUAGACAUGGGGGAAUGCAAAGAACUCAGAAACUAUAUGGAAAGGUUACAUGAAAAUGUGUGAAGAGAUGUCAAAGUGUUUAGUCGUUCGCACACAGGAUAUUGCCUCAUUAGGGGCUAGUUCUAUAUCCAAUAUAUUUCUUCACUGGAUAUUAACUAUUAAAAAAAGACAAAGUAAUCAAAAAAUGCACAAACAAACUUUUUAUGCAGACUUUUACAGGGUAGAACACAACCAAUGUAAUGCAAAGUCUGGUAAAAAUGCAAAGUUGUGUAUUGUAUGUAAUGUGUCAUGCAAAGUGCAUAUUCAAGAUAAUAAUUAUAAUAAGGAAAACAUUUUCAUUAUUAUUCAGAGAAAGAAAAGAAAUCACAAUGAGAGAGAUUUAUUGCAACUAGUUUGAAGAAAAAGUGAGAGAACUGGCUGUGGCAACAAAUUAUAUUCCAGGUCUUGCUUGUCAGAGGCUACUUGGCUACUUUGCUCCUAUUUUCUUUUGCACCACUUUUGAUAAAUCUCCCUUACAGCUUACCAUAAACCAUACAACAAAUCAUUAAAGUAUAUUUUUUACAGUACAUAAGUUUAAAAAGGAUAUCUUGCAUAUUGCAAAAAUUCACCUGCUGGGACCAAGAAAAAAAAUGGAAAAUUCUAUUUUAUCUAGUCCCAGUCCCCUGCAGCACCCAAUGGCUCUGUCCAUUCCCCUUAAUAUUUUGUGUUCUUCCGGCUUUCUAGACAAGAGCUUGGUGCAGGACCUGCCAGCCCAUCUAAUCAUCAGCCACAGCAGUAUUUCAUCUCGGCCAGUGGCAGGUCCUGCUGUAGGCAGGUCCUGCUUCGAGUGCUCCCUUUUGGAGCAGGAAGAAGAAAGUAGAUCUGGAGACCACACAAAGGCCAACAGGAGGGGUAAAGGACCAACUGGAAAACAAAUAACCACUUUAAUAGUGCUAUUAAAUCCUAUGGUUUCAGCAAACAAAAAUAAUCUGUGAAACCCUUAUGGAAUGAGUUACUGUCAUUUAAAAACAAAUAUCUUUUGACAAAAGUUUUGAUCAGUCAGGGUAUAUGUGCUGAAACUCCCACCGAUCUCUAGUUUUGCAGUGGUAGAACAAAUCACUCGAAAGGGAGACUCACUUCCCAGCUUGGCACUCAAACCAUCUUCCUGUAAGACAUGGGCUCCAUAGACUUAUAAUGAAGCCGGGCUCCUGCAAUGUCACACUGAGCAGGGAAGUGAAACGUGUUUUUGCAUGCUUCUCCCGGCCGUAUUUUGGCAAUGGUGAGAAUUCCAGCACUGAGACCCUAACCAAUCAAAACUUUUGACACCAAAAGCUUUUUUUUUUAUGACAAUAAUGCUUUAAAUGCAAAAAAAAACUAUUAAAUGUUAUGCCUUUAUGAUAUGUGUUUUAUACAUUUAAGUACUGACAACAUGUCCUAAUGAAUAAAAAGUAGUUUAAAUAAAAAAAAUUAUGUCUUAAACAUGAAUGAACUAGAAUCAGUAGUUAUAACCUCCAAGUGUUCAGCAUUAUUAAAGGAUUAAUCCUAUCCCCCCUCUCCACACCAUGGUUCUUGGCUGAAAAUGCAGGUGUUUGACCUUUGAUCCUCGUUACCAAUAGGAGUUACUACAUUCCUGAUAGUUGUCAAACUGUUAUAUGUAUCAACCAACUUUUGGUUCAGAAAAACAAACUAAACUUUUGCAUUACAUGAGCAUAUUGUAUUCGAAAUAGCAUCUUGACCUUACAGCACAUAAACAGUACUGCCUUUAAGCCUUUGAUAGGUCAACUGUGCUUGUGAAAUGUCACUGAGUUGUACUAAAUAAGUGAGUCAGUCAAUUUCUUCCUCUCAUAUAUAGCCAAAUUAUACUGUUUAGCACCGACAACCUCUUACAACCUUUUCAUCUUUUUUUGUAUUAAGUUAUAGACAAUUACCAUUAUUUGUGGGAAGUAUGCAACUUCCUAAAUAAGAAAAAUACCAUCAAAGUAAAAAAAUAUUUUUUUCUUUUUUAUUACAUGGUUUGAAAAUUGCUGUACUGUAGUGCAUAUUCAAUAUUUCUCAUGAGAAAUUAUAGUAGAGUUUUAAAAUGUUAUUUUUUUUCCAAAAAGGCCAUAUUUCCAUGCAUCCAUGUUAUCUGUUGUAUUAUUAGUUGCAUUAAAAUACUUAAAAAAUAUAGGUAAUGCCAUAGCAUAUGUGUAAAUUGUUUGACCUAUUGUAUUUGUAAUAAUAGUGAGCAGAGUAUGUUAAGUUGGAAUUACAUGUCUAAAGGCUAUGCAAAAUGAAGCAACUUUCCAAAUAGUGUUCAUAAACAAUUUCCUACCGUUUUUCAUCAGCAAAAAGGAGGGGUUGCACACCAGCUGAAAGUGUGGAACAAAGGGAGGGAAUACAUGGAGGGCAGCUCGAACAGGCUGUAGAUGGAGAUUGGAGAGGAAAGCACACAAAAGGCAGUUUGUAAAGGAGAAUCACAUAGAAUGUGUACUAGUUUAAAGGAAAAUCAAAGCCCCACAGAAACUUCUAAAGCCUAAAGAAAAACUUAACACAAUAUUAAAGACAAAAAAAAGAAAAUAUUUUUGCAUCAUAAGUAUAAAGCAAGAAUUAAAAAAAAAAUUAUUGUGUCUGUCUAUAGCCUUCAAAUGAUGCAAUAAAGCCAGGCCUAAGGCCUUAGCCAUAGUUCAUGUGCUGGCUCUGAAUUCUGUCCAUAUAGCAUUAGCACAGAUUGUCAAGCUAUAUAGUUGUUUUCCAGGAAAGGUUUUUACACCUGAGGUAUUUCCAUAAAAAAUUUUUCAUACACAGAAUGCUUUACAUGACUACUUUUUUCUGUGCUUAAAAGAAGGAAAUAUGAUAAAAUAUGAUGGGUUAUACAGCACAUGUGCAACUUGGAAAAUCCUUACUAGAUUCUGAUAACAAGCGUAGUGCAGAUUGGCUCAACACUGCCACAUUUCUUUAUAAAUGACACACAGUAUUUGCACUACUUUUUGUGCUAUAUGCACUCUAUAUGCAAGUGGUAUGUACUUAAAUGAAGUGGAGGAACCUUCUGAAUAACAGAAUGACAUCUUAGGGUAAAAACAAUGAUAGUUGCAGAAUAUGGAUGUUCAAACGCAUUAUUAUUAUAAUAAAAGUUAUUUGACAUGUGUAAAUAUGUAUAAACAUUACAAUAGGAAAAAGGUUAGUUAGGUAUUCAGACUAGAUUAUCAUAUCUAUCAUAGAAAGUCAUAUUAUAACAUAGUCCAAAACCAGAACUGAUGUCCUCAUUUUGCCUGGUGUCAGUGUACCUAUUUAGCUGGGUAAAUCUCCCAGCUAAUCUCAGUGUGUGUUUCUCAGUUUGUAUUUCUCCUAAUAUUGCCUAUAGUGCCCAGAUACAAUCCUACUUUCAACUACAAAUGUUGUAAUAUUAAAUAAUAUAAUGAAAAAUUAUUUGCAUGAUACCAACGUUCACCCGCACUAUUACCCAAUACACAGGGUUAUAGUACGGGUGAACAGGAGACUGAUGCAGGUUCUCGGACUGCUAUUCCCCCUCUUUCAGCGCUGACUUAAAUAUUACUAAGCGAUGGUCACGUGAGUGCUUGUGCCUACUGAGCGUUCACGUGACCAACACUUAUGAAUAUUUAAAUCCAGCCGGCGGGCCCGCCUCAAGAGCGCAAGUCAGUACUGAAAGAGGGAGACCUUCGGAGGAUCGGGGUUCCAGACUGCAGGUAGGUAUAGCAGUUCGAGACCCUGGGUGACCCUUUUGUUUUACUUUAUUAUAUACAUAGAUAAAGAAGUAAAGCUUAAAAUAAUACUGAUGGUCAUCAUAACCAAGGGCAACAGUGCAAAACAAAACCGGUGCAGUGAUUAUAUACACAUAUAUGCUUGUACAUUAGAAUUAUAUUUAUUUUUACAGAAUGCAUCAGUUUAGACAUAUUUAUCUUCAUAGCAAAACCCCUUCAAAUGAAACAUAAAACAAUGAUCCACUGUUAUCUGUUUCCUUGGUUGCUAAUCUCGCACUAUGCAUAUGCCCUGUGUUGUAGAGUCUGCAGGGCUUUCGAAUCUCCAGACUCUAACAUUCACAUGCCCGCCAUCUCGCCUUCUGUACGAGUGUGCCAUCCUUACACAGUUAAUCACAUCUUUCAGCUCUACUUAUUUGCCACCAGUGUAAAUAUAGAAUAUACAUGUAGCAUGUUAGCUUCUUUGCUGUCAUUUUAGGUGCAUAAUGUAUGCCUGACAUUUUCAUUAUGUAUUCAUGUGUUAUAUGUUGUAAAUUUGCUUUAUCAAUUCUGUACACUCCUAUACUGAACAAAAAGGACAACAUAAAAACAGGGCAACAGUUUCUAGGAAACUCGUAAGGAAGUACAGGUAAUCUAGAGAAAAAUAGCUCCUAUAAGCCCUAUACAUUUCUUUGGGUGAUAUGUUAUGGCUGCAUUCAACUUAGAUGUUGUACAAUGCUGUAAUAGGGCCAUGUGCAUAAAACCUUACAUGUAUACCUAAAGUCCGCUGUCUGCAUUUACAUUUUCCAAUUUUUUUAAUCAUGUUAUAAUGAUAUAGAAAGGCUAUAUAAACACAGCUAAAGUAGCCAUUUCUUAGAAAUAAUAGUUCCUUUUUGUUAUUUUUUGUUUAAAAUACAUAACUUUGCUCUUUGUUAUUUCUUUACUGCUUCCAUGUGAUUGUCGCUUGGCAACCUUGGGCAGAUACAUUAAAUUUCAUCUUUUUUUGUGGUUGACUGGAACAAGGGCUGUUGAAUUUAACAAUGCUUACAAGGUAAUGCCAUUUAAUUAAUGUGAAAUUCUUCAUUUUUGUGCAGCUGUUGAUGUGGUUUAUAUAUAGAAGGCUAAAGCCAAUUAGAUGAGAUAUACAGUAAAAAAAAAACAGCAAAACUUUUCAUUUCAAAUACAUCUGCUAUAUGACUGACUCUAUGAUGAAUUUAAGCAGAGUGUAAGCACGUUCAUCUCAAAUCUUCUGCUGGUGUGCGUCUAUAUGAGUCCUGAUUUAUUAGAAGGUUAGCUUUGUGAUGAUGUGACAUGUUGGCAAUAACCCUAAGUCCUGGUUCCAUGGAAACACAGAGUUUCUUUAUGGGACUUAUGGAAAAACAAAUUCAAUUCUUCCCAAUUGGAAAGAAAGUUUCAACUCUCCCGAUUGGUAAACAGUACAGUUGUAAGAAUAAAGGUUAUAGAACAGUUAUUUUUUAUGUAUUAAGACUCAUUCAACGUUACCCAAACCCAUUCUAUUUAUUAUUUUUUUUAAGUUAAAUCUGAGGCAUACAAGUUGCAAAUCCGUGGCGGAAACUCAAGGGUGUGCCUCAGACUUCUGCCACACACUAUUCUAAACAAAAAAAAAAGUGAAUUCACAGAAGCAGAAGGCAUGAAAAGUCCCAGAAUAUGAAUGGUCCCUCAUUCUAGCCUUACUACAUCUAAAAUACUAAUGUAUUUAGAUUUUUUUUUUACAUUUUAAAUAUAGGAAAUAGAAAAUAAUUUUUUUUCUACAUUUGUUCAUAUAUUAAGCUAGUUUUAAAUAACUGUCACUAGAUUUUCAACAUAUGGCUUUUACAUAACGAAAAUGCAUUUGAAAAGUCUUAUGACCCUUUCAUCUUUCUCAUUUUGUUAGGUUGUGGCCUUGUGAUAAAAUUUAAAAAAUGAAAUAAAUUUCAAAAAAUAUUCCCCUAUCAUUCUGUACUCAAUUCCUUAUAAUGACAAAGUGAAAACAAAACGAUAGGAAUCUUUGCUCAUUUACUGAAGGGAAAAUGAAAAUCUUUCAUUGACAUAAGUAUUCAGACCCUGCACUCAGUAAUACCUUUGGCCGCGAUUACAGCCUCCAGUCUUCUUAGGUAUAAUGGCAUAAGUUUUGAACGUCUAGAUUUUGAGAUUUUCUGCUAUUUUUCUCUGCAGAUCCUCUCAGAUUCUAUCAGUUUGGAUGGGGACCCUUGGUGGACAACCAUUUUUGUGUCUCUCCAAAGAUUUGGUUCAAGUUAGGGUUCUAUGUGGGCCACUCAAGACCAUUAAAGGGGUAUUCCAGGCAAAAACUUUUUUUUAUAUAUCAACUGGCUCCGGAAAGUUAAACAGAUUUGUAAAUUACUUCUAUUAAAAAAUCUUAAUCCUUCCAAUAGUUAUUAGCUUCUGAAGUUCUCUGUCUAACUGCUCAAUGAUGAUGUCACGUCACGGGAGCUGUGCAUGAUGGGACAAUAUCCCUUGCAUGAUGGGAGAAUAUCCCCAUAGGAGCUGGACAGCUCCCGGGACGUGAGUCAUCAGAAAGCAGUUAGACAGAAAACAGCAACUCAACUUCAGAAGCUAAUAACUAUUGGAAGGAUUAAGA